AUGCCAGUGCCUGAGGUGGCGUCUGACACUGCCUGUGCUGCCACCAUGUUGAGUCCCGUCCUGAACGCGUCCAACGGAGACGGCUCAGAGUCCGAAACCACCUCUGCUAUUCUUGCCUCCGUCAAGGAACAGGAGCUGCAGUUUGAACGUCUGACCCGGGAGCUGGAAGCCGAACGCCAGAUUGUUGCCAGUCAGCUGGAGAGAUGCAAGCUUGGCUCUGAGACUGGAAGCAUGACUAGCAUCAGCUCUGCAGAGGAAAAGUUCAGAUGGAAUAACCAAGAUGGCCAGAAGGACAUAGAGGAGGAGCUCACGACUGGCCUGGAGCUGGUGGACUCUUGUAUCCGGUCACUUCAGGAAUCUGGAAUCCUGGACUCACAGGACGCAUGUACAGGAGACAGACAAGGUCUUCUGUCACAAAGUGCUCUGCAGCUCAACAACCAGGACCCAUAUGCAGCCGCGGGUUACCAUAGCAACCAAGGCCUGGCGCUGGGAGAAUCAGUCACUGGCCGCUACAAUCAGUCAGUGGCAUCUCCAACCAAGCUUCAGCGCCUGGGAUCGGUCUCCGCAGACAUGCCCAGCUACGCCACACUACAGCGGGUAUCCUCACCAAAACAGUCCCCCAGCCGACUCGCCAAAUCCUACAGUACGUCCUCGCCGAUCAACAUGGUGGCCUCGGGAGCGGCCAGCGCCUCUUCUCCUCUGGCCAUGGGAGGGUCCACAGGGGGUAACCACAGCUCCUCACCCCUGCACCAGCUCAGCUCCGUGGUGGGAAACUACGCCACACUGUCCCCCACCAAACGCAUGCUGCAUCACAUCGGAGCGGACACCUAUAAGAUCUCCCACGAGCUGUACGCCAAUGCCACUCUAAAGAGGCCUGGGAGCCUCGCAGGCUCUCGGGGCUCUUACAGUUCCCAGCACAGUCACUUGGGCUCUGAGCUCAGACCUCUGCAGUCCCCAGAGCACCACAUCGACCCCAUCUAUGAGGACCGGGUCUACACAAAGUCUAACUUGAGAGGUCAAGCCCCGCCCUCUCCCGGUGUUGACCCAAUCCCCUUGCAGCGAACCGGAAGCCAGGGGACGUUUCAGAGAGCCAGUUUCGCCACAGCCGGAGGGGCAUCUGACUAUGGAAACCCAUACCGCACUCUGCAGUUCUGCCCAUCCACCGAGUCGCCCUACAGUAAAUCAGGACCUGCCCUGCCUCCUGAGCCCGCCCUGGGACGCUCUCCAUCUGUGGACAGUAUUCAGAAAGACCCAAGGUACGACCCCGAAUUCCUUGUGUGGAAUCAAAAUCAAGCCGAGCAAAGAAUGACAAAAGAGUUUGGCUGGAGGGACCCAGAGCUGCCGGAGGUCAUCCAGAUGUUGCAGCAUCAGUUUCCAUCAGUUCAGUCGAAUGCCGCGGCCUACCUGCAGCACCUCUGUUUCGGAGACAACAAGAUCAAAUCUGAGAUCCGACGACAGGGUGGGAUCCAGCUGCUGGUGGACUUGCUUGACCACAGGAUGACAGAUGUUCACCGCAGCGCAUGUGGAGCUCUCCGAAACCUGGUUUAUGGCAAAGCCAACGAUGACAACAAGAUCGCCCUGAAAAACUGUGGAGGCAUCCCUGCUCUGGUCCGGCUGCUCAGGAAGACAACGGACGUGGAGAUCCGAGAGCUGCUCACAGGAGUGUUGUGGAACCUGUCCUCCUGCGAUGCUCUGAAGAUGCCCAUCAUUCAGGAUGCUCUGGCUGUUCUGACCAACGCAGUCAUCAUCCCCCACUCGGGCUGGGACACCUCCCCUCACACGCAGGAUGACCGAAAACUGCACCUGCACUCCUCACAGGUCCUCCGCAAUGCCACCGGCUGCUUACGGAACGUGAGCUCUGCUGGAGAGGAGGCUCGGAGAAGGAUGCGAGAGUGUGAAGGUUUGACAGACGCGCUGCUCUACGUGAUCCAAACGGCCCUGGGGAGCAGCGAGAUAGACAGUAAGACUGUGGAGAACUGCGUGUGCAUCUUGAGGAACUUGUCAUACCGUCUGGCCGCAGAGACCUCCCACAACCACCAGGGGGGGUCAGAAGAGUUGGAUGGUCUGCUGUGUGACACUGGAGGAAAAGAUGGAGAGAGCUCUGGCUGCUGGGGCAAGAAGAAGAAGAAAAAGAAGGGCCAUGAUCAGUGGGAUGGUGUGGGCCCAUUUCCAGACUUGGCAGAGCCCCCUAAAGGCAUCCAGAUGUUAUGGCACCCGACCAUCGUGAAGCCCUAUCUCACCUUGCUGUCCGAGUGCUCCAACCCGGACACGCUGGAGGGCGCGGCCGGGGCACUACAGAACCUCGCGGCUGGCAGCUGGAGGGUGAGCAACUGGGCAUGGUCAGUGUACAUUCGGGCUGCAGUGCGUAAAGAAAAGGGGCUGCCCAUCCUGGUGGAGCUGCUCAGGAUAGACAACGACAGGGUGGUGUGUGCUGUGGCCACCGCACUCCGCAACAUGGCUCUGGACAUCAGGAACAAGGAGCUCAUAGGUAAAUACGCCAUGAGGGACCUGGUGCACCGCCUGCCUGGAGGGAGCAACAACAACAAUACCAGCGGGGGAGGCGGAGGGCCCAACAGCAGCCUGGUGUCGAAAACGAUGUCGGACGAUACCAUCACGGCGAUCUGCUGCGCUCUCCACGAGGUCAUCACCAAAAACAUGGAGAACACUAAAGCCCUGAGAGAUGCUGGGGGGAUUGAGAAGCUCAUCGGCAUUGCUCGCAGCAAAGGAGACAAACAUAGUCCCAAAGUGGUGAAGGCAGCAUCUCAAGUCCUCAACAGCAUGUGGCAGUACCGAGAUCUGCGCAGCCUCUACAAGAAGGAUGGAUAUUCCCAGUACCACUUUGUAGGUUCCUCUUCUACGAUAGAACGUGACAGACAGCGACCUUACUCUUCCUCACGCACCCCUUCUAUCUCUCCGGUCCGGACAUCGCCCAACAAUCGAUCAGCGAGUGCGCCUGCUUCCCCUAGAGAGAUGAUGGCACUGAAGGAGAGGAAGGCAGACUAUGAGUCAACGGGCAACGCUACGUACCAUGGCAACAAGGGCGAGCACACAUCCAGAAAGGAUGCUAUGAAUGCUCAAAUCUCGGGAGGAUCAUCAACACUGCACAGAGGAGCGUACGUGUCCCCUACAGAUGACCUCAAGUAUAACCAGAUUGCAUCUCAAGGGUUACCGUCCGAACCAUACCCUCCGUUUCAGAACCCUCCUCCACCAGAUGCCGGCAACUACGAGGACCAAGCCUUUUAUGACCCCCAGGUUCAUCCAGGAGGGCGCCCCCCACAGGGCGAAAUGCACCUACAAGGCCUCAAAUCCACUGGUAACUAUGUAGACUUCUACUCAGCCUCAAGGCCCUACAGUGAGCUCAACUACGAGACCAGCCACUACCCGGCUUCUCCGGACUCCUGGGUCUAG